GUAUCCUACCUCCAUUCAAGAUGAUGGAUAGCAGAUACAGCGCAUGCGUUUCUAUAUUACAAAUCAUCUGAGCGCCGUCGGGGUUUUCUUAAUUAUCAUUUUAUGCAUUCAUUUACUACCGCAUAAGUUAACGUAUAAUCAAAAUUGUCCAUACGUACAGUAGUUGCCAUUGUAUAUGCUUCAAAAUGUUGAAGUCACAGUUCCGUGUCAUGCAUAACUAAAACUCGGGUUUGUUGUGCGUGGGCACUCCACGCUGUUACAGUACUCGAAUAAUUGACACUUAUUACAUUGUCAUCUAGCACGCCGCACGCAGCAAGAAAGACAAAUCAGAUCUGGUACUGUAUUACACUGUAACCUUCUUUUGUCGCUGACACAUCAGUGCAUUGAAACCGCUGCGCUGUUCCUAUGGGGAUUUGAGUAGGAGGCUGGGAAAGCACGGCUCGCUUCCUUAUGCAGUGCGGGAUAGUCGGCGUGAGAGCCAGCUUUCAGCCAUUUUACAAACGAGAAAGUGUGACUGUCUGCAUGUGCUGUUCAUUAUAAACAAUGCUUAUAAAAGACAAAAGCUAAAAACACGAGGUUUGGGAUUUGAAAACAGUCAUUGUCGCUGCCCUUAAAAUCAAUGACGCGGGCAGCUGUAUUUGUAGCAAAUUCUAGCAUGUGCUCAAUGUAAUCCAAAGGGAUACGCACCAGGGGAAGAAGAGGCACAGAUUAUAACCGUGAUGCACAUUACAAGCAUACCUGUUAGGCCUAUGGCAGCACAAUGUAGCAUAUCCGUGUAUUGGCACUGUAAAUGACAGAUGGAUGCAUUAGGCAAAAACAGAGGCCCUCCUACUUUGCAGUGUGCCGGCAGCAUGGACCACACCUUCAGCUUCAGUACACUAAAGAAGCUGGCCGCGGAGCCCGAUCACACUGAUGUGAGCCUGUCUGCAGAGGAGAGAGUGAGAGCUCUGAGUAAGAUGGGCUGCAACAUCGAAAUCAACGAAGACAUCACCCCCCGGCGCUACUUCCGCUCUGGGCUGGAGAUGGAGCGCAUGGCUGCUGUUUACCUGGAGGAAGGGAACCUGGAGAACGCCUUUGUCCUGUACAAUAAAUUCAUCACAUUAUUUGUUGAAAAGCUGCCCAGCCAUCGGGACUACCAACAGUGUGCAGUACCUGAAAAACAGGACAUCAUGAAGAAAUUACAAGAUGUUGCUUUUCCAAGAAUGGAUCAGUUGAAGAAGUUACUUGUUGAGAAGUACAGCAAAGAACACAUGGAGUAUAUGAAAAACCAAAGUAAAGCUGUGGAGGAGUGCUAUCAGAGCCUGAAGCAGAUGCAGCUGAUUGAGGAGGAGAAGCAGCGUGUGACCCAGCUAAGGAAGCUGCAGAUCGAAUCGGAGCAGUUCCGCUUCUUUGAGGACCAGCUUCGCCGACAGGAUCUCGCCAACAGGAAAGAAGAGGCCGGGCCCAAGGUUUCAGAGCAGACUGAUGGCAGAGCACUGUCCUGCUUAUCCUGUCCUUCUAAAAACAACGCCACAGGCUCCUCCCGCCCAAAUCUCGGAGGCUCCAGCCAGUCCCCUGCUGUAAAUAGAGCUCUCGGUGUCAUUCAAAAUCAGAAGGUAGAGGGGCUGAGGAGCAUUGUGGUCCCCAAGGAACUCUCCUACAAGUUUUUGGUUCUUGCUGACAGCAAUACAGCAAGAGGAAUAGAAACCUGCGGGAUUCUUUGUGGAAAACUGACCCAUAAUGAGUUUACAAUAACUCACGUGAUAGUGCCCAAGCAGUCUGCUGGCCCAGACUCCUGCGACGUGGAGAAUGUGGAGGAGCUAUUCAGCUUUCAGGACCAGCACAAUCUCCUCACUCUCGGGUGGAUCCACACGCACCCAACUCAAACAGCAUUCCUAUCCAGUGUGGAUCUCCACACCCACUGUUCGUACCAACUGAUGCUGCCGGAGGCAAUUGCGAUUGUAUGUUCACCAAAACACAACGACACUGGAGUUUUCAGGCUCACCAGUGCAGGGAUGUUGGAGGUAUCUGCCUGUAGAGCAAAGGGCUUCCAUCCACACUCCAAGAACACAGCAUUGUUUAGUAUAUGUAAACAUGUUGUUGUGAAAGACAUGAUAACGACAGUGCUGGACUUGAGGUGACGUACAAAGACGACGACUGGCUAGUGAAGACAUUUUUAAUGUAAAAGAAGGGGUCCCAAAAAGAUUCUCACACUCAAGGGUCAUAAGUUUUAUAUUUAUAUUUUUCUGUUUUUAAAAAAAAUAUUUAUUUGUUCUUUUUUAAUUUUAUUUUACUGUGAACUGAUGAGAUAACCUUGCACUAGAAACAUUGAAAUUGUCUGCCUAAGAAUGAAGUGAAGUUCGUGUGAAGCUUUUAAAAUAUACAGUAUGCUACUUUUUGUUUAUUUUGGUUUGUUUUUAGUGGAUUGUGCUCCAAGGCCAUAGUGUGAGACUGUGGUGGAUUUAAUACUAGACUUGCCUAAGAUGUCUCUUUCUUCUAACCACUGUACAGCUUUGCCAAGAACCUUUGAACUAGCAACUAGUCAAUAUCCAGCUGUGUAAUGUUUCCAUUUAAAGGCAGAGAUGCUGGUGAAGGGGUGGGCUUUUGUUCUGUGUCUCAGGGCUAUAUUACAAAUGAGGCAUCUUUUUUUUUUUUUUUUUUUUUCCCUAGCACUGUUGAAAUUGCGAUUUUCAAGCAAUUGUUACUUUAACUUUGCAUAUUAUAUGAGGAAUGUUGCCUACAAAUGCUUGCUUAAACAGAUGCCAGUCUGUUGGCUCGUAUUUCCAUUUAGUGUGAACUAUGGACUCAAAAGUGUGGAGGACUGGAACAGCCAAUACAAAGUUGGUUAUGAUUCUUUUCACACAUUUUUUUUUUUUUUUUUUUUAACACAUGCAAGUGUCAUUGCUUAAGGAAAAUAAACUCUGAUGAAGGUAUUUACUGAAGCAGUGGUCUACUUGAUUUACUUACAUAUACUGGUAAUUUAUAAUUUGUUUCCUUCUUUUUUUUUCAUAAAACUGAAAUAUAUCCUCUUUAGUGGUAUUUAUUUUAUUUAUUGCAUGCUGCCAUCCGAUGGCAAUAUGUGAUAACUGUCCCCGACUUUGAUUAAAAGAGAAUUUCAUUGAAGUAGAAAGUCAAACCUGAUGUUUUACACACCCUGACACACACCCAUUGAUUUUCACCUUGGUUUCUGUUUUUCUUUCUUUAAGAAAUGGUUAGCAUUUUUAGACUGAGCAACAAAGCUGCCGAGAUACCCAAAGUGGACACAAGAUG